CACCGGCAGCGGCAGUGUACGGCCGCCAGCCAGACGAAGAGGUUGUGUGCACGAUGCGCGCGCGGUGAAAAAACAAUCGCAAUGUUGUUUGAGAGUCCCAACGCGAAAUUGUUCCCGGCUUUCAACAUCCCGCCACCAGUCAGGCUCAGUGGGGCGCUCGGCGGCGUGGAGGUUUUGGAAGGCGGGCUGGUGGGUGGAGAGCUGACGGCCCACGUUCUUACGGCCCAGGCAGCAGCGCACGCCGCAGCAACAGCCGCGGCAGCCGCACACCAGCAGCAACAGAUGGCUGUUCAACAAAUAAAUUACCACCCCACAGAAGCGUCUCCGUCGUCAGGGCGCUCCACGCCGGUCGCGGGCGCGCCCGCCGCGGGGACCGCCUCGCCGUCUCCGUCCAAACUGUUUGUGGGCGGGCUCAGUUGGCAGACCAGCUCGGAGAAGCUCAGGGAAUACUUCGCAAUGUUCGGACCUGUCACUGAUGUGCUGAUCAUGAAGGAUCCCGUGACACAGCGCUCGCGCGGCUUCGGCUUCAUCACUUUCCAGGACGCCGCCUCCGUAGACAAGGUGCUGGCGGUGCCGGUGCACACGCUCGACGGCAAGCGUAUUGACCCCAAGCACGCCACGCCCAAGUCCGCCCCCCGCCCCGCCAAAACCAAGAAGAUAUUCGUCGGCGGCGUCGGACAGGACACGUCGGCAGACGAGGUUCGCGCGUACUUCUCACAGUUCGGCCUCGUCGAAGACGCGGUCAUGCUCAUGGACCAGCAGACGAAACGCCACCGUGGUUUCGGGUUCGUCACUUUCCACACGGAAGAGGCCGUCGAACGCGUGUGCGAUAUACACUUCCACACGAUUAAGAAUAAAAAGGUCGAGUGCAAGCGCGCUCAGCCCAAGGAAGCCGUCGCGGCCGCGCCGCUGGCGUUGGGCAAGAGAUUAGUGCUUCGCCCCGGGAGAGGGCUCGUGUACGCGGCGGCGGGCGGCGUGGGCGCCGUGCCGGCGGUGGGCACGCACGCGUACCGCUACGCGCCGUACGCGCUGCCGGGCGCCGGCGCCGCCGCGCUGGUGGCGCCGCCCGCGCCCGCGCCCGCGCCCGCGCUGCCGCAGUUCGGCGCCACGUACUCGCUGGCCGGGGUCGACAUGUCCUCCUUCCAGGGCGUGGACUGGGGCGCGAUGUACAGCCUCCCCAUGUACAUCUAAGCACAUGGUAGACAGAUACCCCGACGCGAUCCGCCGGCAGCUCUUCGUUUUACGAUAGUUCCUACAUACUAUUUUUUUUUAUUUUUAUAAUUUUAGGGCUCGUCUUGCCGCGUUCUCGAGUGGCCACGAAGGGAACGAUCAGUAUUCUUGUUAGAGAUUAAGUAUUACACUCGAAGCAAUACUUGCCCGUUGAGGCAUCAAAGAGACGCAUUUUUUUCGUUUACGUUUAAAUUUUAAGACGUGGAUCUCAAGUAAUUUAGUUUGUCGAGAAAUUUCUUGUCUGGAUUCUUUUGUAGAAGUAGAUAGUGCACGCUCGGUGGCAAUAUAUAUAAGUAUUAUUUAUACGAGUGUAUAUGAUUAUCUGUGACCUGUAUUUUGUAGAACGUAGCGGGUAGAUGCUCUGAAUUUUCAGUAUUGUUCGUGCCAUUAUUUUCGAUUUGUAAGUCGCCGUUUUUGCAAAUAUAUAUGACGUGUUGCAAAAACGACGUACACAUUGUGCCAAAUCGCGUUCGGUCUGUCCGAAAAAUGGAAUACAAAUGUUCAAUUUAAAAAUGUAAUGUUCCAGUUUUAAAAGUUUGCGAGAUAUUCCAAAUUUUAUCUUCGUUUCUAAUUUUGAAAUUGUUCGUUUUCAACGGUUCUUAACGUAUGCAGUUGACAUCUACCCGCUUUGCCAGCUCAUUUUUCCCAUAUACAUAUCUAACUCAAUAAAGCAAUCUCAUAUACUAUAUGUAUGAUUUAGUAUCCUGGCUACCAGUGGCUUCUGAUUUCGGCAGCUUUAUAGGUUGUAUGGUACAUUGAGUACUUUAUUUUGUGACGUGUGAGGGUAGCGUAAGUUAUUUAUUAUUAUUUUUUACAGGUUUACAUGUUCUGUAGAAAAAGGUAGUAUAUGCUUGGGAUUCGGAUCUGCUGUUUGUCAAAAGUAGAUUAGCAUUUUUAUUAUUUAGUAGUUCAGAUCAGUCAGUAUAUUCUAAUAUUUAAAAAAAUUGUCAAAAGUUUGAUCACGUUAAUUUUUGUUCAUCUGGGUGAAGUCAUCUUGAUGAAUGAAUUUAGUUGAGCGAAGUUUUUAUGCUUGGAAUCUUGAGCUCGUUUAGAUAGCAACUUUAGUGUUUAUUUUUUUUUGACUCAAGAAAUGCUGACGUACUUUUGGCAUUGUACAGUCUGAGUGUCAGGCGUCCAAUCUGAUGGUCCCACCUUUUUGCUACGUGUGUUAUUAUGUAUUUUCAAUUGGGUUUUUAGUCAGAGGUCACUGAAAUGCCAAUUUAGUCGAUAAUUUAGUUUAGCCUUGUAAGAAUGCAAACUAACCGCGUGUCCGAUCUGUGGCGCUAGCGUCGCCUGGGGUUGCUCGGAUCAAAAAAUAUAUAAUUUAUAUUUAUCGAGAAUUCAUAAUCAGUUUUGAAAAUUGAUUACAUUCAAACUUAUACAUUUAUAUAAGGCUUUUAGGCUCGGCGCCAUUUUCGAAGUCUCAAUUGUCAAAUUGACUUAAUUUUUUCUAGAUUUUUCUAUUCCUAGAUAUAGUAUUACAAAUAUUACAAUACUUAGAAUUGGAUCGGCUUUUAAAGAUUUGACAAUAACGAUCAGUAUUAUUACAUUUAGAUCUUUAAAAAAGUAUGUUAUAUUUACGCUUGGUAAGUUGGAGGUUAUUGGAAAUUUAUAUUUAUUUAUCGACUCGGUCUCUACCCCUACCCUCCAGAUUGGUUUUCGAGGGUUGAAUCUCUCCAGGGGGGCUAAAUGAUUCGUAUUUUACUAACGCUGUUUUAUUUAAACGUGCCUAAAAGUGGUUAUAGUAAGUUUAAACUCGAGCUAGUAAAAUAUUUAUCAAAGAUCUUGAUUUUUUUUUUCAACCGAGUCCUUCUUUAGUACUUAAUCGUAGUUAUAGUACCUAAAGCAAUAUUCUCAUAUAUGUGAUUCGAGAGUUAUAAAAGACAUGAGGUUGUGUUCGUGCAAUUCUAGCGUUUAAGAGUCGCGUCGCGUACUUAAAUCUCGCAUCGGCUACUCAAAUUUUUACAUUUAGGGUGUUUUUUUUUGUUUAAAAGUUGUUUUGUGGUACAAAUCUGAAAUCAAACGGAAUUUCUUAUUUUCAAAGUGUUAAAAAUAAAUGCGGGUAGUUGGAAUGCUCAUAAGAUGAAUCUCUUUAAUAUACAAUAAGACUUAGUUAGACAUUAACUUAUUUAAUGUAAGUGAGGGUGCAGUGAGGGCUGACAACAGGUAAAUUACGAAUUCCUCUACCCCAAAGAGUUCAUUUUCUGUCGUGAACUCAAAAGUAUUUAACAGACAUUUUGUAUUACUACUUUAAAUUACUUGGUAAUUUAUUAAUGCCCCGAUUUUUAACUAAACUCAUUAUAGUAACUGCAUAAAUAUAUAUAUAAAAAUCUUAGUUUUCAUAAUCUAAUAUACAUUACACAGAUUUGUGCAACAAACAAUUUAUUCACUGAUCCGAGCAAAGCCAGGCGGCGAGUAGAGUGCAUGCGGUAGCUUUGCCGGCAUUCAACGCCGGCUCACUUCAUGUAACCUCGUGUGUGGGGAAACAGUUACACGUUGGGUGCCAAAUUACCGUCAAAGUUAGAACUCCAACAAAACCGACAAGAAAGCAUCCACUUGACUCUUAGUAAAUAUCCGUCAUAAGGCAAUGGCGAAAAUGUUAUUCCUAAUUGUGAUAUACGUACUUAUUUAUUGUACUUAAUUAUCCAACUAUAUUGCAAAAUUGGAAAUUUUAUUUAAAAAUUGCCAGUUUAUGGUAUAUUUUACUCCAGGAGAACACUAUCGUGGCCUAAGCUAGUUUAAAUAAUUAAGACUUGAAGAAUUUCAUAUCAUAUAAUCUUCAUUCGAUUUUUUUAAAUUCCAACACUGAAAUUAUUAUUCAUCUCUUUCUCCACACACGAAGGCUACCGAAUGCUAAUCACAUGUACACCUACUACCUUGUUAGCAGUAUUUUUAGUUAGUAAAGUAGGUUAGAUCUUGCCCUGGGACAAGCGCUCGCAUAUUCACAAAUUCAUCUUGGAAGCGCGAUGUUUUCGUAAACUAGUCGCAUAUUCCUAAAAUUAAACACGUAAAGAGGUAUACGUACUUAUUUCUUGCUUUAAUUUUAUACAUUUCGUGUUUUUAUUUUACAGGCGUAUUGCCGGUUGAAGCGUUGGUGCGUAUAGUUGACUUUUUGCCAAUAUUUUUUCUCUCUAGUCGUAAUAUUGUUAGGAGUAUAUUGUCUUGGUAAUACUUAAAAUGAGUUUAUAACGUUGACUGCUUUUUAUAGUAGUCUUACUCUAUAUUCAAUAAACAAUUGCUCAGUAGAUAGGAGUUUCUUCUAGUCCACUGUACACACUAACGCCAUCUAUCUUAAGGUUCAGGCUUUUGUUUAUUCCAUAAGGUUCUUUUUUAGUUUAGCGAGUGCGUGGACCGGGCGCCACUUUUGUAUAUUAAUUCCCGUUCCCAGUAUUAGAGAUGUGAUGUUUGCUCCGAGGCGACCGAGGUAAGAAUACUUCCACAAAACAGGCACUAUAAUAUUAACUUUAUAGACAUCGGCGUGAAGAUAAUUUCCAACCACCAUUACCAAGUGAGAAAUUCCAUAGUAAAAAUGUGGGUAGUUUUAUAUUUGUUCAUAAAAUUUUAUGUUAAGCACGAGUAAAAUAUUUAACGCUUAUUAUGUGGAAGUAUACUGAGCUGUGGAUAUUGUAGUGCCGGCUAUAAAAGCGUGGUCUUAGCCAUCGAUUUGAAGACUUUCUAAAUGGGUGCAUGUUGAAAUUAUAUUGUUUCUAAUAUACUUACUUGCCGAUUUGGCUUCUACAAUAUCUAGCACCUUCACAGACUUGUCGAUCAGUAAGUUUUCAUUGCGCGAACUUUAAUGUUCUUUUGGUUCGUCAAAUGUCUAUUUAUUGACUCCGAUUAGCUGUACAAGGUGAAAGCUGGGCCAAGGUCAAGUUUGUACUUAAUCCUAAUUUAUAUUCCGUAGAUUUCUAAAACCCUGUACUACACUGGUUUGUAUUCCCGCUGCGUAAGCAGUUGUAGGCUUAGAAGUAGUAUUAGUUCGCCCGUAUUGUAUCGAGCACAUUACAUUGAUUAUAUUAGAAAAGUGUGUUUUAUUUGUAGCUGAGCGGAUUGGAUCCUUUACUAGACUGCACGUGUAGUGUGAAUAGACCAGCGUGCCACGUUGGGCGCCAGUGCUUAUAUCCGAUACAUGUUGCCCUUUUUAUUCCUGUUGUCCUAAAAGAGAUAUAGGCAUAGAAAAUGCAAUUAUUGGAUAGUAAGCAUAAGGCGGCAUGUGAUCACAGUAGUUACCUACCCUAAAACAUCAUUUAAUUUGGUUUAUGUCAAAGAUAGAUAAGCAUUUUCGUGGAUAAAUGUCAAUAUUUAAUUUAAAAUUAGCUAGAUAGUUACUCAUGGUAAUUGGAACAAACAUGAGGUCUAUUCUCAAGCUGUGUUUCAAGCUACAUUUCAGCAUUUAAAGCUCGAUUAAGCUUGAAGCCUAUUGUUUCUUGAGAUUAGAAACCGAUAGUUAAUUGUUUAAAUUGAUGCUAAUCUAUCUUUACCUUAAAAUACCAAAUCUAAACUAACUCGGACAAGAACUAGCAUGCUUGGCAUGAAGCGCAGACAUCUGAGUAUCAUUUGUUAAGUAAACUGUCAUUAGACUAACUUUUAUAUUUUUACAUAGCAAAGUAUCUAAUGAACUUCAAACUGUGUAUUGAACAAAUAGGGUGUUUCACACCAUCAAAAAAAUAUUCAAUCAGUACUGCGAACCUAAUCAGCAAAUUAAAAUUAUAGAGACGUAUGUAUACUAAUACAUACGUCUCUAUAAUUUUAAUUAUAAAGAAUAUAAUGAAGUUUUACUUAAAAAAAAAAACAAAAUGUAAAUAAUAUAAAUCCCUGAUAUGAUUUCUUCUGGAGUUUCGCUGAAAAUGCCAAACUGUUGUCUUACCAAUGUAAUGAUACUCUCGCGUCUGUAGCGUGGAGUUAUACGUAAUCAUUCUUCCAGACUUCACUGUCAAUUCGCAGGCGUUUGCCUCACGGUGGUUGUGAGACGUGCUAUAUGAUAUCUCUUUCGGCGUAGAUAAGAUUUACGGGAGUAGUUUGCCAAAAGCUGAAAGGAAGUAUUUCCCGACAGAAAUCUGUAAAAAAGUAAAAAAGAAAAAAAAAACAUUGUAAAUUUUUAUUUAGUAUCUUGAUGCAUGCCCAUUUAAUGUCUGCUCUCACUAACAACAAUUAAAAUACAUUAAAAUUUACUUUACAUUGUGAUGAAUUAUAAAGACAAAACGAAGACACAGUACAUUUUUUUUUCAGAUUUCUGUAAGGUUUUCGAAGCUUUAUAAAUUGAGAGUAGGAUGCGCAUAGGCCUAAUCUUCUUUCUUAGUUAAAUGAACUCAUUGAACGAAUAGGCAAAUGUAUCAGAUACAUUUGGCUAUUCGGUCAAUUUCUAGAUCUUGAAAAUGAUACAGUAACUUAUGAAAUGAGAAUGGGUUAUUGUUAUUUUCAUAUAAUUGUGCUGUGCAGCUAAGCUGCUGAUUAAUAUAAGCUGCUCUAUAGGAAAAAUCUGCAGAAAAGGGAGGGAUAUAGUUGCUGAAAGAGAUAUCGAAACGUAGACACGUAGUUUAGACCUUGUAGUGACGCUUCGCUUGGUCUUCCUCAAUCUUCGGGAUAUGGGAUUGUUUUUGCCAAAUUUCAGGCCAAAAUUAGCCGAUAAUGAUGAUAUUUUGCUCAAGUCUUACAGCUUCCAGAGAAUAAAUACCUAAUAAUGUUAUUCAUAAAAAUAUUCAACCCACUAUUAAGCCAUUAAAGUAUAAUCCGAAUUAUUUAAAAUGUCGGCUCUGAAACUUAGUUACAGGCAGUACUAUUAUUGUAAUUCUAGAUCAUUCGGAUAAUACUGAGGUUUUAAUAGCGCGAUGAUUUUUUUUUAUAACUAAGACUUACGGGAGAUAAUGAUGGCCGGAAAGGAAAAGUCAAAAAUGUUUUUGGUUAUGAUAUCUCCUGAUGACAACAAUCAAGGGUAUACAAACGAGAGCCGUCAUGUAUGUAAUAACCAAUGCGGGAAAAACCAAAUCCGUAGCUUAAGAAUGUGACAAUAAAAUACAAAGGGCGUUGCCAACUAAGACUCUAAUUAACAUGAUUUUAUUUGUUAUACUGCAGAAUUAAAACGACAAUAGUUUUGUACAAAACGACAUGGAAACAUUGCGUUGUGUGUUUAACAAAUGAAUACUAGGAGAAAUUGAAGAUAACACUUACGAUAAUGUCCUUUAUAGUUACAACUCGACAAAUCGUAUGUAUAAUGAUUUAUGGCGUGUAUAAUUUUUGCAGUAUAACAAUUAAAGCGCAUGUUUAAGCGAAAAUUCUUUGCCAUAACUUAUACAUUCCCCUCUAGUCAUUUUUACUUAGUUCUUCGACAUACUAUGUCUUGCUCAAUCGAUACUAUGCUAGACGUAGUUCCGUCAGCUUCGCUUGUAUAUCUAGGUUACAAAAAUUUUGUGACUGUAUCCUUAAGCGACGAGUCACAAAAUUUUUAUAACCUAGAAAUUAUAGUUACGUGCCAUAAUCACACGCUUGAUAUCCAGAAUUCUCUGGGCCAAUAUUCAAUUCAAUAUAGUUAGUUAUACAUGGGAUAAUUAUACAAUUUUUGGAUUGGUAUAAUAUAAUAUGUUAAAGAAUAAAUAUGUUGUGUGUUAAAAUGUAUGCGGAAGCUAGAGUAGUUGUGUAGAGUAGAAAUUUUGAAGUUUUACAUAAUAUAAUAUGUAAGUAUAAUCGAGAGCAAUAAUUAUAUAACAGCACGCGCGCGCUGUGAAAAUAUAGGAACGUAACGGAUGAGUGAGACCAUUUGUGGAGCAACUCCUUAUUUAAAAUAGUGAUGUCUUAGAAGAAUAACAGAUGGCGCUACUAUACACGUAGCGGUGUCGCCAUCUGUUAUUCAUUUUAUCAAACUAAACGAAUGUGUUGAAAAAUUCAAAUAACGGCCUACUUUCGACGCUUCCAACAUUGCGAAAAUACAGUAAUGGAUAGUCAGAACCAUUUUACGCUAUUAAGCACGAGACUUAGUAGAGGCACGAGGCAGCGCGCGCUUAGACUAUAUUAAUAUACACACUUGCAUACAAUAUAAAAUAUUACAAUAUUUUUGUAUAAUAUAAUUCGUGUACUCAGUAGCCGGUUCGUAUUGAUACAUUUAAUCGUGAUAUAUGCAAAUAAUUGUUGAUAUAAGUGCGUUUGUGAUUUUAUUGUUUGAUGCGGCAUCUGGUAUCUUUACUGGCGUUGCCUUGCUUAUUAAGAUGUCUUUUGUCUUCGACUUUCGUCUUAACCAAUGCUAUUCGAUUAUGAAAAGACGUGUGUUAAAUAAGACUUCUUAAUUUAGCAGUAUUACGCCAGCGUAACAUGCUGUGUAUUCUAAAUCUCGCGAUUUGAGGUUGUAUGUAAAAUAUUGUAUCUAUUAAUAAUCGCAUGAUUAGUAGCCAUUGGUUUUGACUAAAACGGCGGUAAACAUAACAUUCCCUUAUGUAUAUUUUGGUCGUAAUGUUAUGCAUCUUAUUUAUGGUAGUUUAAUCUUCAGAAUAGUUCAAUAGACUAGCGAUGGGCUGUUUUUUAUUUUUAUUUUUUACCAUCACGAUCUGCUAUUGAAGAUAUUGUGCAAUAUGGAGUUUCGUAUGUUUUGAAGUUUGACAGUAGUUGGGCGGGAUUGGCCGUAGAUCGUACCUAGUUGCAGUAAUUUUGAAGUCAGUUCUACGAUCCCCGGGCAAAGACUUAUAGAUAUACAGUCUUAUUUUAUGCCAGUAUUUGAUUUUAAAAUUUAAAUUCCAUUUUCAAACUUAACUGAUAUUACACGUUUAUUUAAAAAUAGAAUUAUUAUUUCGAAAUGAGUUUGGAUAUAUAGUUUUUAAGAUUACUGAAUAUCUGUAAGUCUUCGCUGCUGGUAAAACGGCUUUGCAAUGACGUAUAUAUUAAUAAUGGAUGUUUUGUAAAAGUAUUGUAGGUUUUGUUUCUGUCCUGUCAACCGUAUUUAGUUGGAACUAAGAGUCAACGCCACUUGGAUCAUCUUCACUUAGAAGUUAGAAAAUAAAUGGUAAUAACACAA